AUGAAAAUCGUUUCAAUCAUUUUAUCCCUGCUGCUUUUAUUCUUUAUUAACUUAUUUUUCGUCAAGUCCAUAUACAAAAAUGAGCAGAGCUACAACGUGCCGCUGAAUGUCCUAUUCAAUAAAGGAAAGCACAUUCGCAAGAGGUUAUGUAAUGAAUGCUUUUUUAAAAAUGAAGUGAACAUGAUAUACAAUAGCUGCCGGGCAUUGGAGAGUGUAAAUUAUAAUAACCUUAACCGAAGCAAAAUUUUUUAUUUUAUAAAACAGUCUCCCAAGCUGCUCAAGAGAUAUGUUAGCUUGAGGUCCGUGUCCACACUUUCGAACCUUUUAUCUGUUCGCUUUUUAAAUAAGUUUCUUGCUGAUAGGACUUCUCUGCUGAUUAAUUCGUUUUACUUGUUGGAGGGGACCUACAUAAAGAAUAACAUUUUGCGUGGCCUGGUUGGUUUCUUCGGCACCCUCGUGUUGCGUUUCCUGGUCGUGUACAUUGUCCAGCUGGCCUCGUCCUUCCUCCUCUUCCACUACAUGAACAUCGUGUCGCAAAGGACGCAGGCGUACAUAUUAGAAGUGAGUGGCUCCAAUUACGUCUCGAGGGUGAUUGGCUUUUUCCAAUUGAACCUGGUGAAUUAUUAUAUAAAUGUGGCCUCGGAGUUUGUUCAGGCGAUUCUCAUACGAGCCCUCUUCAAUCAGUACGAAGGACGCCUGGUCAAGACAAUCAUAUACAAUAGCUCCGACUACUAUAUAAACACCAAGCUAACAAAUAAAUAUCACCUCUUCUACCAGUGCACUAAGAAGUUUGUGUUGACUCGCAUAAAUAAGCUGAGUCUGCUCACCUUCAAUUACUUGCGCUACUUUGUCCUGACUAAUUUAUUCUUUAAGAUGUGUGGCGGCACCUACAACAAGUUUUCGCCGAGCGACGUGAAGAUGCCAGGCGUGUACUCCAAUCCAAGGAAGAGCCUCAACAAAGACAUGAAGUACGCCACCAAGAGGGAAAUAGAAGUGUUGAGGCGGUUCUGCAAGGAAACGGGAUGCCACACAUGCGGACUCAGUUGCCAUGAUAGGUUCAUAGGAGAUCACCAACCACCUGUACAAGUCAUUAAGGACAUGAUUCAUUAUUACAGAAAAAGAAAACUCCUCAGAUCCAUACUGAAAUUUUUUAAAUUAUACGACACCAAGCAGAGAUUGUAUCCCCAGUGCGUUCGCUGCUCACAAUUACAAGCAGCUUCUGUCAGGUGUAAAAAGCUAAGACUCAUUCCGCACUACAAUACGAUUAGGCUUUUCCAUGCCUCUUCUGUUUUUCAUUUGGCACUCAAAAUGCUUCUGCUUACCCAGUGGAAUAAGAUAGUGUUUUGGGACGGCGACAAUGUACGCUGA